AUGUCACACAUCGAUUUAGAACAAGGAACGAUCGGCGAUCGACGGCUAUCGUUCACCGCGAGUGAAGAUGUCGUUUCAUGCUUCCACUCGAAUACGUUCGCAUAUUAUGAGUCCGAGAACGACGAAUAUUCGACGUGUGUGUGUGUGUCUUCGGCGAGUAAGUCAGAGGAGAGAGUGUGUAGGAUUUGCCAAUUGGAAGUUGGAUCGUACGGUCAGGGUUUGAUUGAGUUGGGAUGUUCGUGUAAGGAUGAUUUAGCGUUUUCUCAUCGACAAUGUGCUGAGACUUGGUUCAAACUCAAAGGAAACGAGUAUGUUCUUUCUUCCUACUCUUUGAUUCAUUUUUGA